AUGCGAGAUGACUACCAAUUCUGCAAUUACUGGAUUGAAGCUCCUAAAGGAAAAAGAAUUGAAGUUAAGAUCAACGCGAUUUCACACGGCUAUGAUCACGACGGCUGCGUUUUAGGGGGUGUUGAAAUUAAGUCCAGUGCGGACCAAACGCGAACUGGCUAUAGAUUCUGCUCAACGAAGGACAAAAAUACAGUUCUUGUUUCGGCCACAAAUCGUAUGCCUGUGAUCAUGUUCAAUAGAUCCGGUGAACAGCAAAUCAUUCUAGAGUACAAAAUCGUAUCAUGA